AUGGGCAACAGCCUGCGGUGCUGCCUGACCUGCAUGCUCCCCUGCGGCUCCUUCGACGUGGUCCGCAUCGUCCACCUCAGCGGCCGCGUCGACGAGUUCAGCUGCCCGAUCACGGGCGGCGCCGUCCUCGCCGAGCACCCCAACCACACCAUCGCCACGGCGUGGUCCUCCGCCGGCGUCGGGUGCCCCACCAAGAAGCUCGUCAUCGUGUCGCCGGACACCGAGCUCAAGCGCGGCCGCAUCUACUUCCUCAUCCCGUCCGCGACGGUGCCGGCGGUUGACAGGAGGAAGAAGAGCCGCCCGGGCUCCAACAAGAAGAGCAGGCGGCCGAGCAGCCGGGGCAAGAGCGGCGGCGGCGCCGCGAGCACCGCGGAGCAGGAUAACUACCUGACGGAGCUGCUGUCCGAGAAGACCGCGUCGGGCGCCCACCGGAGGCGGCGGAGCGGCUGCAGGGUCGGCGUGUGGCGGCCGGAGCUCGAGAGCAUUGUGGAGGAGGCCUCGGAGUAG